CCUUGUGGCCUCCUCGUUGAGUGAACGAAUUUCGCCAGAGUGCAAAGUAAAUAUAAAACUAUUAAUAAACAUGUCUGGAAUAUUACCAGCCACUUAUGUGAAGGGUUUUCACGAUGAGGAGCAAGUGAAGCGUAUGGAAUACCGCAAGUUUGGCAAAACGGGUCUAGAAGUCUCCAAAAUAUCAUUUGGCGGAGGUGCACUCUGCGCUAACUAUGGCUUUGAUCUGGAUGAGGGCAUUAAAACUGUGCAUGACGCCUUAAAAGCUGGCAUUAAUUACAUUGACACAGCUCCUUGGUAUGGCCAGGGACGUUCGGAGGAAGUGCUCGGCAAGGCGCUCAAGGAUGUGCCCAGGGAAGCCUACUACAUAGCCACUAAGGUGGCACGCUACGAGCUGGACUACGAGCAUAUGUUUGAUUUCAGUGCAAAAAAGACUCGUGAGAGUGUGGAAAAGAGUCUGAAGCUGUUAGGCUUGGACUAUGUAGAUGUUAUACAAAUACAUGAUAUUGAAUUUGCCCCGAACUUGGACAUAGUGCUCAACGAGACGUUGCCCACGUUAGAGCAGUUGGUUAAGGAGGGCAAGGCAAAGUAUAUUGGCCUAUCCGCCUAUCCAAUAUCUGUGCUGAAGGAAUGCAUUUCACGUGCUGCGGGCAGAUUUGAUACGGUGCUCACAUAUGCACGUUAUACGCUCAUUGACAACACAUUGCUGGAGUAUUUGGAUUUCUUCAAGUCCCAGAAUAUGGGCAUUGUUUGUGCUGCUGCCCAUGCUAUGGGCCUUUUGACCAACGCUGGUCCACCGGCCUGGCAUCCGGCCAGUGAUAAGCAAAAGGAACUAGCACACCAGGCCUCCGUUGUGUGCAAGGAUCGUGAUGUUGAACUGGGGAAGCUGGCCAUGUACUACACCAUUCAACUAAAAGAGGUGUCUACCUUUUUGACUGGCAUGCAGACCCGCCAAUUGCUCGCUUCGAAUUUGGCUGCCGUUCACGACGGCCUCAAUGCUAAGGAGCAGGAAGUGCUGCAGCAUCUCAGAGAAAACGUCUUGACGAAGCCUUUUAAUUGGGAGGGCAACGAACUGGAAAGAUACUGGAGCGCACUUAAGAGCAAAUAGAUGAUGUUUAGAAGUUUGGAAAAUAUUAAAAAGGAUAUGAUAAUAAAAUUAAUUUAAAAAAACGA